AUACAGUAAACAACGUGACGUCACUUCCGCUUUCAGGUUGACAGCAAAACAACAAAAGCAGGAGCGAUAAAAAAAAAAAACAUCUUCACAUCUAGAAGGAUUUCAGAAAGCCGUAACUAAAUGAAGGUGAUGACGUCACAGCAGGAAGCGGAGGAGAUAAACUCACCUUCUGCUGACUGCAACAACCAUCACUUGUGUGAAGACAGAGAAGAGGAGGAGGUUUCCCCUGACAUCCAAGAGGAACAGUCUAAUGACACAGAUAAGGAUCACCCCAUCUCAGAAGGAGGAGUCAUGUGGCGAGUGGGCGGUGGCUUAUUCAGCAUGACACGAAACGUUGUUGGAGCGACCCUGGGGGGCGUUGCGUGGGUCGGCACAAAAAGUUUUGAGCUCACCAAGACAGCUGUUACCAGUAUGCCGGCAGCCAGUGCAGGAUUGGUCAAAGGAAGUGUCUCCAUGGUUACAGGAGGUGUUGGAGCUGUGGGAUCUGCGGUGGCGAGUAAAGUCACACCAAGGAAGAAGGACAAAGCUGACUGAUGGACAGCAGGCUUGUGUGUGUAUGCGUGUGUGUAUAUGUGUGUGUGUGUGUGUGUGUGUGUGUGUGUGUGUAUGUUUGUGUGUGUGUGUUGCAAACAAGAGCAAAAUAUCUUGAGAGCUGAGAAUGGAUCUCAUCGCAUUUUUCCAGAUUAAAGCAGUCUCUUCACUCAUACAUCAACAAAGACACAAAAGCAGCUGGAUGUCCGCCACCCAUGGAAAAUCUGAUCCACAAGGAUGCACGGCUGUCAGUGAUGCAGAGGUACAACAAGAGGGCAGCGAUGGCGAGUUGGGGAACAAAAACCUUUAUGUUAGUGUUAACUGUGCAUGGGAACAACAUGCUUGUGUGCACAAAAUGAAACUAUUGCUGGUCAAUUCUCCAGUCAAAAGUGAAUAUUCAAAUUCCAUUAUGUGCUCUGGCUCAAAUAUUCUAGAGUGUAUUGAACACUAGAGAUAGCAGAAUACUAUUUUAUCAGCAUGUCUCUAAUGUAUUUUGAGAAUCUUUAGUAGCAAACGUUAAAAAGAUGGACAGGUUACAGCAAUUGGUAUUGAAUAGAUUUGUUUCGGGGGAAGAUAUUUUAAUGAGAAACUGUGUCAGCAAUGCAAUGAUAAGGUUUUCUGAUGAAGAGGACAGUAGGACUAUUAUAGUUAAUAAUACCCCUUCAAGAAACCAACAUGUGUGCAUUAUUCAGAGAGUAUUAUUGCUAUUUUAUGCACACUUACCCUUUCUGAGUGACACCAUUGACUGUAUAUUAAUAUGGACCCUCUAUUUAUUCCCAUUGUGCCAUGGGAAGCCAAUACUGCCUCAGUGGCGCUGACAUAUUACUCUGGUGGAGCCAUGGCAUGUUCUGAAUUGAUCUAACUGGUAAAGCUGUGGGACAGACAUAACACCCCUUCCACCAACCAAAACACACAUUUACUUUAGCUCAUCAAAGACCUCUCUGGUUGGUACAUCCCACAGAAGAGCAGAUUCUUUAAUUUGAUUCAGAGCGGUGUUUGCUACUUUUUGUCUCAGUGUUCCUGCACUGGUAAAAAAAAGCUUAACUCCAGGACGGCAGAAAAAUGAACACCUGCACUUGAAUCAUCAUAAGAACUAAGUGCAAUGACAGAAACUAUUGUAUGUUUGAGGAACAUGUAUAUGACAUACAUUUUCAUUUUCUAUUUUGAUCCAUGUCCCAUCUGUUAUAAUAGAGUAGGCGGGCUUUUAGACUGCUAUACUACAGCCAGUCACCAGAGGGAGCUUGAAAUGUUAUGGUUUCACCUGGGAUAACUGUUGUUCUGUCCAUGUUAUUAUAAAGUCUAUGUGUGACACAAUGAGUUGGCUUCAAACGAACUGUUGAAAAUAGAAGAGUUGAGGUUGCAGCAAACCAGCGACUCUCUUGCUGUAUAAGCAAAAUUUUAUGUAUUUGUUAAUGCAGUCUGGUGGCUUGAAGGAGAGAAGUGUAAAAGAAAACCUCUCAAACAACAUAAACUGUAGCUCUGUAGGGAUCUUUUUUGUAAUGUCAGAAAUUUUUCAAAAAAUCUGCCUCCGUCUAUAAACUACCUAAGCUAUUUGAAAAGUGGUAGCACCAGUUAUUAAUUUAAUUAAGAGAUAUCCAGCGUUGAUAUUGCGCUUUAGGCAAAAACAGCCAAAGCAAAAGCUCAGAUAAAAAAUGAAUGCUAUGUAUAACAACAUCACCCCCUUUCCCCUUGUCCAUGUGCUCAUCAGCAAUCAUUCCUGAAAGGAUCAGCCACAGCACGUUUGACUCAUGUGUUAGUAAAAGACAUUCAUCACUUAUCAUUGUAACACUGCUGAACUGCAGGCUUCAGCUGAUCUCUGGUGUUACAGUGGCUGUAAUUAUUUGAACCAAAUGAAAGACAACUUGAAGUGGUGAGGAAAGAGAGGUGAGAUGAGUCGUAGCAAAACUUUUUGUAUGCAGGGGGCUCUUGAGUUGGGUAGUCAGAUGAACAGGCUGAAAUAGAGGACAGAGCCCCAGAAUCUCAAGUGAGAUAUGACUUGUAGCAGAAAGUUUGUAUCAGCAAUAAAUAGUGCAACGGUUUCAUUUGUAAAUUCUGAAUCUUAUGUUUACAUUGAUAAGAUAAAAUGUGAAAUAUCUGCUAAACUUCAAUAAAUGCACAAGCAGACUUUAAGUUUAGGUCAACUUAUAUACAAAUGUACAUUUCAUAAAGUCAUCACUUAAGCUUGUAUAUAUGGUGCAGGCUGAAAAGCAGUGGAUGCAGCCUUAGUGACAUCAUUGUGAUGUGCCAUUUUGCUGAUUUCAUCAAUGCACUCCUGAAAUGUUGUAGCCAGAAGUGGUCACUUGGUGUUGCCAAUGGUUAAUGACUUGGACUGGCUAGGACUAACUUUUCCUUGUGUUGCCAUUGUUUAAAGUCUGACUGGCAACUUGAGAACUGAGAAUGCAGUUAGUGUUGAAGAAAAACAUCUAUGAGGGAAUCAUGUGUCCACUUGUAUGCAAAUACUAGUCUAAAGGUGUUACAGCUAGGGUUGGUAGCCACGGAAAACUAGCAUGAAUUUGAAUGUAGCAUUUCCUCAGGACUCCGUCUAACACUUGUGGCACAUGAGUUUCCCCCACAGGGGAUUAAUAAAGUUCUUUAAUCGAAUCUAUUCAGGAGGAAUACGGCAGGACAGGAUUUGAUUGGUUUCAUAAUUUGGCUCCUGAUGGCAGGGAUUGGUUAUUGUUUUCCCAGGUUUAUUCCGGCUGUAGAUAGCAGCUUUUUUUCGCUCUUUUUUAAGAACACAUUAUGUAUUGAUUGCCAUCGGGACAUAAAGAUCAUUUCACCAGUAUAACAAAAAGUGGAUCUAAAAUUGACUACCAACCACAACUUUAAGUAAAGCUAAACUGCGGUUAGAUGACUACUGAUGGGUUCAGGGGUUGUAUCACAGUGGGAUUAUAGUUACGGCCUGCUAACACUUGAGUGGACAAUAAUACUCAUUCAAACAAACAGAACACUCCUCAUACCAAACACCGGUUCCAUGCCUUCACAUUCUGCAUCUUUAUGCAGAAUCUGUAUAUAGAGAGUAAUCUUACCCUGAAGCAUACAUUGCUCUACAUUCUAUGUUCCCUCUGAAUGAGAUCGAAAUUUACAAAUUGAUCGUCAUGCUGUAAGACUUUCAUCUAGUGCUUGAGACCAUAAACUGACGAGGAAAAAUGACUUUGGUAAUAAACCAAGUCAGGAGUGGGAGUGUUUGGAAUUGGUUUUUACUCAGUCUUUUUUGUGCCAAAAGUUGAAUAGCCCUCUGCUGGCCAUUAGACAGAAUAUAGCUCUGAGGCACUUAAGCAUUUACCCCACGUUUAAAACCAAGAUGUUACAUCAGCUUCUCAUACAAUCAAUAGUACAUGCAUGUGUGCAAGUGAACAUACACAUCAAGCAGUGCAUGUUUCUUGUACAACAAAAAAUGUUUAAACACUGGUAAGCACUGCAUACUGCAGCAGGUUCAUAACAGUUUCUCUUGUAUGUACUAUUUUCUUUAUUUUGUUUUUAAGUAGCACAAUCACAUUUUAAAUCAUUAUUCCUACUUAUUUAUGACAUGUAUCUAUGAGCAGUAUGAUCCACUGUAUACCACUAAACAAAGAAGGGUGACUCUGAAACAUGUUUUAUUUUUUCUGUGCUCACUCGCAGGUUAACAACUUUUACAUUCACAGACUUAGAUUUACAGCUGUUGAUCAGACAUUAAGUUAUUGUUAGCUUGAUUUGGUUGUCAACAAUGACAUGUUUACUUACACUGGGAGCAUCUGUUUCAAGGCUGUGUACACUGUGUAAAAUAUAAGUGCAAUAUUAAAAUUUGAAAAUGUAACAGGCAAGUAUUGGCCUGAACACAGCUUUUCACUGUCUGUACUUGACUUUGACUCUUAAUAUGUUUCUUUGGAGUUAUGGAACAAACCAGAGCUUUACACUGAAUCUAGAUUCCUCUGUUGAUAAAGUUUCCCUCAUAAUUGAAAACCAGAAUGUAAAAGCUGUCUCCAGAAAAUACCAGUCUGUAAGGCAAGUGUUACUUCUGCAGCAAAAAGGUGACUCCAUAUUGAGCUGAUCUCUAAAAGCUGGUCACAAGCACUUCAUUGAGAUGCACUUUGUCUGUGGGUAGUUUGUUAAGAAAACCACAGAGUCCUGAUUAUCUCAAAGUUAUCAAAGCUGUAUGUUCAGGAUUUAGUUUUAGAUUCCAACAUCUGUUGUUAACAAAAUACCUGAUGUGUCUUUCAUUAAUAAAAGGGUAUUAUGCUCAUUUCCAGGGUUUAUAUGUUCCUCUGUAGCAGCUUAACAUGAAAGGGUAUUAUGCUCAUUUCCAGGGUUUAUAUGUUCCUCUGUAGCAGCUUAACAUGAUUUACAACUGAGAAAACUUCAUUUAUCUAAGGCUGGUGUCCUUGAAAACCCAAAUUUUCUGUCUGAAAAGCUUAUUUUCAGCAACUGUCUCUUUAAGGCCUCCCCUUACAAGUCCACUUUCUUUUAAUUGUCAGCCCUGUUGCUCACUGUUGCUACAAAGUUAUUGUCAUUGAGUUAACAUGUGUUUCUCUAUUUAAAUGAUAAUAUAGCCACCUGUUUUGGAUCUGAAUGUGACCCUGAACAUUUAGAAAGGUAACAACGACAGACAACAACAAGGAGAUACCCAGCAAUAAAGAACAGAGCAGGACAUUUCUGUUUGGUGGGAACAACAUUUGUUAUGCUCUUUUAAGGAGAUUCACCAAUCACUUAUGUUACAAAUAGAGCCAUCUCAUGUCCCUGGCUUAAAUCUCCUGUGACUUCAUGAACAAGCUGUUCAGAGCAGUCUGCAGUCUCAUCCUUGGAUUAAAUGCUGGCCUCACAGUGUGAAACUUUGCCCACGUUUCAUACUGACAUUCAAAAUGUAUCUUUAUAUUUGUUAGUAAAAUAUGAAAAAGCAUAAUGCUAUCUCUUCAAACCCAAGGUGGAAAGGCAUAAAACUGCUGCAGAAUUGUCUGUUACAUGAGGAGAAACUGUUUAUAAUAUCAUUAAUGUAGGUGACUAUCCUGUCCCUUAUAAUGUGAUAGAUUGAAGACCAAACUCUGUUUGCAUUUGUGUGUAUUUUGUAAAUGGGCUGUUUGAGUGAACAACAUUUUUUAUGAGAAAAUAAAACUGUUCUACAUUUGCA